AUGGGUUCCACCAAACCGCGCCCGUCCGGCAAGAAUUCCAUAAGCCAUGCUCAGUCUCUCCCCGGCAAAACAUUCAUUAUCGACAAUGGCGCGUACAACAUGAAAGCAGGCUAUGCACCUGACUCUCAACCUCUGGAUGAUGAAGAAAUCGCUCUCUCAGCGUGUGCCGCCAUUCCAAAUGCCAUUGUCAAGACUCGCGCCAACCGAACUUACGUCGGUGCUCAAAUAGGCACAAAUGUCACGGACUGGAAUGAAAUGCUUUUCAGGCGCCCUGUGGAGAAGGGCUAUACUGUAAACUGGGAAGCACAGAAAGAAAUCUGGGAGAAUUCAUUCUUCGAUGAGAGGACCGUGCGGUCUAAGGAAUUACACAUUGCGGAUCCAGAGGACGUGACUAUCAUUUUCACGGAGGCUCCAAAUGCUUUGCCGGCACUACAGAAAAAUGCAGAUGAGAUUAUAAUGGAAGAGUGGGGGUUCGGGGGCUAUUUGAGAUGUGUUGUGGGCAUGGCUAAACCGUUCGCGCUGAAUACAGGCCCGUCGCUGAAUGCCUGGAACGAGAUUCAAUCCUUAUUUGAAGAUUCGGUACUAUCACAACCUCGAGCCGUUGCCUCCCCAGCCGAGUGUCUACUGGUGGUUGACUCUGGGUAUUCUCACACGGUUAUCACUCCGGUUUAUAGAGGCAGACCACUUCAACGUGGAAUUCGGCGACUCGACCUUGGCGGCAAGCACUUGACCAAUUACCUCAAAGAGCUGGUAUCUAUGAGGCAGUAUAAUAUGGUGGACGAGACUUAUAUAAUGAACGAAGUCAAAGAGUCGGUGUGUUUCGUGAGCAAUGAUUUUAACCGCGACUUGGAGCGGACGUGGAAAGGGAACCGCAAACGUGGACAACCGGAUCCCACUGAUGGUGUUGUAGUUGAUUACGUCCUGCCAGAUCCGAAUGGAGGCAAACGAGGUUUUAUGAGGCCUCAUGACCCUUUGUUAGGAUCCAAGAAAAGAAAGGCUGUACUCGCCGGCGCUAGCGCCGAGCAGCUAAAUGAGGACGUCCUAGUUCUGGGCAACGAACGUUUCACUGUCCCAGAAAUCCUCUUUACCCCAAGUGAUAUUGGUAUGAAGUCGGCUGGUAUACCGGAUAUCAUCCUGCAGAGUCUCUCGGUGUUGCCGACAGGCUUACACCCGGCCUUCCUGGCCAAUGUUCUGGUCGUUGGAGGCAACUCCUUGCUUCCGGGUUUCAUGGAAAGACUGGAAACGGAGUUGCGCCAAAUCGCUUCAGCAGAGUGUGUCGUUAGGGUCCGACGGCCUAAAGACCCUAUUCGCUUCGCCUGGCUUGGAGGUUCUCGCCUUGCAACAAAUAAAGAAGAGCUCAAGAAGGUGGCGAUUACUCGCCAGGAAUACCAAGAGCACGGAUCGUCUUGGACGACUCGCAAAUUCUCUGGCGCUCUGUGA